ACAUUUUGUGCACGACGAGUGCGUGAUUGGAAGGGAAACAAUUGCCCAACAACAUGAUGCUCGCAGAGGUACUCCAGGUGUUGAGGGGUGCAGGGAAGGUAGGAUCUGCCUUUGUCUCCACUCAAGGGGAGCAGUUCAGAAUAAUGGCCUGUAACUCCACGUUUGGUGCAGGAAUCAAAGCUGCCCAGGAGGUGGUUGAAGGUGUGGUUGGCACAGUGAUGAGCAGUGGAGGGCCUACACCCAAAUCUGAAGAGUUCCCUGACAGUGAAGGGUGGGAAGAGAUGACCCAAGAGGAGGCAGCCAAGUGGGCGGUGGGCUCUGAGCUUCCACCUGACAUUGACAGCCAGGAUAAUCAGGCUAUGCCUAAAAUGUCCAGGGAAACACCAGUUGGCUCUGCAGCUGGUAAUAAUGGAGCAUCCGGCUGGCCUGGCCAGAGCACUCGUUUUUUGCACAUUGCACUGCCUGUGCGCCACAUGCGGUUUGUCCACGACUCUGCGGUUGCCAGAUUGACUCCGGAGGAUAUAAAAAAAGCCAGGGAAGCCAAACAGUCUCUUACCAGACCCGUCAAGCAGAAGCUCAGCGAGAGGGCCAGAGAACGGAAGGUUCCUGCCACAAGAAUAAGCCGACUAGUUAAUUUUGGGGGCUUGGCAGUGGGGCUUGGCAUUGGAGCCAUAGCAGAGGUGGCAAAGCAGUCUAUUGGAGGCAAACGCUCAGAAAUGGGUGCAUACCUAGACUCUCCACUCCUGUCUGAGGCAAACGCUGAGAGGAUUGUAAACACUUUGUGCAAAGUGCGAGGGGCAGCCCUCAAGCUGGGCCAGAUGCUGAGCAUACAGGAUAACAGUUUCAUCAACCCACAGCUGCAAAAAAUAUUUGAGAGGGUUCGACAGAGUGCAGAUUUCAUGCCAGCCUGGCAAAUGAAUAAAGUGCUUGAGGAGGAGCUGGGUCCAGGCUGGAGGGAGAAGCUUUCAUCAUUUGAAGACAAACCAUUUGCUGCUGCCUCCAUUGGUCAAGUGCACCAUGGGGUCCUGCUGGACGGGAGGGAAGUAGCAAUGAAGAUUCAGUACCCUGGAGUGGCUGAAAGCAUUCACAGCGACAUUAACAACCUUAUGUCUGUGCUGAAGAUGAGUGUGACGCUUCCUGAAGGCUUAUUUGCAGACAGUAGUCUGGAUGUGCUUCAGAGAGAACUGGCGUGGGAAUGUGACUACAAGAGAGAAGCAGAGUGUGCAAAACGCUUCAGGACUUUGCUUGAGGGUGACCCAAACUUUGUGGUGCCAGAGGUUUUCGAUGAGCUGACAGGCAAGCGCGUUCUUACCAUGGAGCUGGUGAACGGAGUGCCAUUAGACAGCUGUGUGGAUCUGGACCAGGAGACGCGGAACAAAAUAUGUUUCAACAUCCUGCAGUUGUGCCUGCGAGAACUUUUUGAGUUCCGCUUCAUGCAGACAGACCCCAACUGGGCCAAUUUCUUCUACAAUGCUGAGCAGGACAAGGUAAUGCUGUUGGAUUUUGGUGCCUGCAGAGAAUAUCCAGAAUCGUUUACAGAUGACUACAUAGAGGUGGUGUACGCCGCUUCUGUUGGGGACAGGGCAACAGUUCUGCAGAAGUCGAAGGACCUCAAGUUCCUCACCGGCUUUGAAACCAAGGCAUUCCAGGAUGCACAUGUGGAGGCCGUGAUGAUUCUGGGCGAGGCGUUUGCGUCCUCCGAGGCGUUUGAUUUCGGCACCCAGAGCACCACCCAGCGUAUCCAUAGCCUGAUCCCCGUCAUGCUGCGACAUCGCCUCACCCCGCCACCGGAGGAGACCUACUCCCUCCACCGCAAGAUGGCCGGUUCAUUCCUCAUCUGCUCCAAACUGAAGGCUAGCAUCCCCUGUCGGGACAUGUUCCUCGACAUCUACAAGGACUACAACCGCAGACGUCAGGAGAGGGCUGUUCAAGCUUAGAGCCACGACAGUGAUGUAAAAGAGUGUAGAACUGUACUGUAUUAGAUACAACUGACAUAAAACACCCCAAUGCUGAACCCCAAAGUCAGGACUCAUGGGUACAUGUAUGACUGGAUGCAGAUUCCCAGAAACAGAGAUGAUAUGUGCUUCAGCACUAAAGGAAUGAGAGAGAAACGUUUUGCUUCAUGUAUAGUGUAACAUAUAUACGAUGUGUUUAGUAUAUAACGUAUGUCAUGAAGUGUGAUAAAGUUAGUAAAUGGUUUAGCUUUUGUGCAUCUUGUUCAGUUAUCUGAGAGAUAUCUGUGUAUGUGGGGGAAUUGGGGAAUGUAUGUAAUGUUAUUGAAAUUGUUUCCUGAUUGCACAGGCAUCAUUCACGGGUUGGUUUGACCUGUCAUGUAUAAUUUGAGAAAUUCAUUUUUUUUAUUUAUUCAUAUACUGCUUCAUUUUUUUUUCAGUGAAGUAAAAUCCAGGUGAGAGUGUAUCUUAGCUCUGACAUAAAGAUGGCCUCUCGUGUAACACGAACAAAUAAACACUUUAAAAAUAUCAUCAGGGUCCAGUGAAAACACUCUGUACAUUUUGUUUUUGCAUCCCUCCUUCCCUGAACAGACACUAUUAUAACAGUACUGUGUGGAAUCAUGUGUUUUUUAAUGAAUAUUUUGCAUUGAACUUGAGGCCUCUAAACGUCCAGGAUUCUAUUGCUUGGUGGUACAGAGGUUCAUGUCAUUUACUGUGCUGCCUGUUCGAAGUUUCUUAACAUGUGACUUAAAGUAAUUUUUCAUUUGACGUACUGUGCUGGUCUCUUAUUUGAAUUGUGUGAGGCCAUCGCUAACAACCGAGAGAAAAAUGUGGGGGAUGUUUUGAUAAUAACAGUUUGUUUAUUGUGCAAUUGACAUCACCUGUGUAAACCAAAAA